AUGUUCGUAUUGUUUGUUAUAAGUCAAUUUUUGCGUUUUAUCAGUAGACGCACAGAGCAUGGUAUUCAACCUGAUGGUCAAAUGCCAACGGAUGCCACACUGGGAAGUGGGGAUGAUAGUUUUCAAACAUUUUUCGCUGAAACAGGAGCGGGCAAAUAUGAAGUUCGAACAGGAACAUACCGUCAAUUAUUUCAUCCAGAAACACUGAUUAGUGGAAAAGAAGAUGCAGCUAACAAUUAUGCACGUGGACGAUAUACUGUUGGGAAAGAAAUUAUUGAUUUAGUAUUAGAUCGAAUUCGAAAACUGGCCGAUCAAUGUUCGGGUCUUCUCGGAUUUUUUGUUUUUCACUCAUUUGGUGGAGGAACUGGAUCAGGAUUUACCUCGUUACUCGUCGAACGUUUAGCUGUUGAUUAUGGUAAAAAAUCCAAAUUAGAAUUUGCUGUUUAUCCUGCGCCGAGAAUCGCAACAGCUGUGGUUGAACCAUACAAUUCAAUAUUAGUUACACACAGUACAUUUGAAAAUUCUGAUUGCUGUUUUUGUAUUGAUAAUGAAGCUGUCUAUGAUGUUUGUCGACGUAACCUGGAUUUAGAAAAGCCCACAUAUACAAAUGUUAAUCGUAUAAUGGCUCAAGUGAUUAGUUCCAUAACAGCAUCACUUCGAUUUGAUGGUGCAAUUAAUGUUGAUUUGACAGAAUUUCAAACUAAUCUUGUACCCUAUCCACGUAUUCAUUUUCCAUUAACAACAUAUGCACCCAUUAUAUCAGCUGAAAAAGCUUAUCAUGAACAAUUAACAACAUCUGAGGUUACCAGUGCAUUGUUCGAACCAGGAAAUCAAUUGGUAAAAUGUGAUCCAAGACAUGGAAAAUACAUGGCCUGUUGUAUUCUAUAUCGUGGAGAUGUUGUGCCAAAAGACAUUAAUGCUACGAUAUCAACAUUAAAAGCAAAUAGAAAUAUUCAGUUUGUUGAUUGGUGUCCCACAGGAUUUAAAAUUGGAAUAAACUAUCAACCACCCACAGUUGUGCCAGGUGGUGAUUUGGCAAAAGUGCAGCGUGCAGCAUGUAUGAUGGCUAAUACGACUGCUAUUGCAGAAGCAUGGGCGCGACUAGAUCAUAAGUUUGAUUUACUAUAUGCAAAACGAGCCUUUGUCCAUCAUUAUGUCGGUGAGGGUAUGGAAGAAGGCGAAUUUAGCGAAGCUCGAGAAGAUUUGGCAAUGUUAGAAAAAGAUUAUGAAGAAGUUGGAGCUGAUACUGCACCGGCUGAGGGAGAAGACGAAGGCGAAUAUUAA